AUGAAGCUACAUUUAAUAGCUUUAGGUUUUUUGCAAUUUGCAACGGCGUUGCCGACGACCACGCUUGAGGACUUGGAGAUUGCCGAUGAUGCAAUGUCAGUCGGAUCUUACAUUCGGGAAGUGCGAGCAGCAGCGCCGGAGAAUUAUCACAAGUCUUAUGAGAACGAAGGCGACGGUGAAAUUGGUUACUCUCGAAAGAAGGGAGGCGGCGGUAAAAAGGGAUACCAGCACUUCGACUCUUUCCACAAGAAGGCCGGGGACAACUACGAGUUCGAGAAACAAGACUCAUAUGGUCUAGAUGACGAGGGUCAAGAUAAAGCACACAGUCAUCAGCACGAAAAAGCUCAAAAAUAUCGGGAACCUUCACAUGAGACAGAAGAAGAAGAACCAGAAGACGAAGCAAAGAAUGAAAAACAGCAUGAAGAACUAAGGUUAGGAGGUAGUGAUGGCAACGGUGGUGAAGAAGCACAUGGACACAAUCCAGCCGACUACAAGCUGCCUGAAAAGUACACCUAUGGUUCAGGAGAUGAAUACGACUUUUAA